GCCCGCCGCCCGCCGCGCAUGGGGCGCGCCCCCGGGACGGCGGCCCGGGGCCGCUGAGCUCCGGCCGCCCCGUCCAUGCGCGCGGCCGCCCGCGCCGGGGCGCCCAGGCCUCGCCGGGCCCGGGGCUGAGUGGCCCCCGCGGCAUGCCCGGCCCGGCCCGCCGCCCGCCGCCGCCCAGGGCCCCCGCCCGCGCCGAGCCCGGCGGCGCCGCGUAGCGGAGCAGCCCAACGGCGCGGCCGCAAGGUCACCGCGCGCCAUGGAGGCCAAGGUCCGCCAGAGCCGGCGCUCGCGCGCGCAGAGGGACCGCGGCCGGCGCCGGGAGGCGGCCCGCGACGCCCGCGACCAGAGCGCGUCGUCGGGUGACGAGCCCGAGCCCGGGCCCGGAAAGGAGAACGCGGGCCUGCCUCGCGCGCCCCCGCCCCGCGCCGCCGCCGCGCGCCGCCGCCGCCGCGAGUCCAGCUCGCAGGAGGAGGAGGUCAUCGACGGCUUCGCCAUCGCCAGCUUCAGCACCCUGGAGGCCUUGGAGAAGGACAUGGCCCUGAAGCCACAUGAGAGGAAGGAGAAAUGGGAACGUCGCCUCGUUAAGAAGCCCCGGGAGUCAGAAAACUGCCCGUCUGCAGAGCCGAGUGAGAACGGGCGGCCCUUGGAGGUGGGCAGCCCCGAGCAGGACCUGGAGCCUGCCUGUGACCGGGGAAAGAAGAAGGUCCCGCUGCAGCCCACAAAGCAGAUGAAGGUUGCAGUGUCCAGAGGGGGCGACAGUGACGAUGACAGCUUCCAUGAAGCCCCCAGCUCCCAGAGGAGCAGCUCUCGGGACCAGCUCAGUGACAGCUCGGCGCAGGCGGUCUCCGGCAGAGGCUACUCUUGUGACAGCGAGAGUGAGGACGGGGACGACAAGGCGUCUGUGGGCUCCGAGAAGCUCUUUGCCCCAGCAGCCAGUAAAGGCCCCACGCCGGGCGAGAAGUCCGCGGUCAAGGCCGGCGCGGCGCCCAAGGUCUCGGGCCUGGAGCGCAGCCGCGAGCUGAGCACCGAGCCACCCUUCCCCACCCCCCGCGCGCAGCCCCCGACCAGCCCGCCGGUCAAGAAGGAGGCCCCUGCCCCGCCCCGCCUCACCCCGCCGCCCGCGCCCCCGCACCCCCGGGCACCGCUCCCAACGCACGUGCCUCUGCCCCUGGGCGCCUUCCCGGGCCCCGGACCCGGUGCGCACAACGGCCUGCACAGCCUCAGCAGGAGCAGCAGCGCCAGCAGCGGCGCCAGCCUCGGGCUCGCCAAGCACGCGUCCCUGUCGCCUCACGGGCCGGGCCCCCACCUCUCUACCUCACACUUGGCGCUCCGCUCGCAGGCCCAGCAUCAGCACCACGCGGCCAUGUUCGCCGCCCCCCCGACACUGCCCCCGCCCCCGGCGCUGCCGGCCAACAGCCUGGUCAUCCCAGGACACCCCGCCGAUCGAGAGCUGCUCAGGCAAGAGCUGAACGCGCGCUUUCUGGUCCAGAGCGCCCAACGGCCCGGCACGCCCCUGGGCCCGGGGGCUCUGCUGCGGGCGGAGUUCCACCAGCACCAACACACACACCAGCACACACACCAGCACCAACACACAUUCGCCCCCUUCCCCGCGGGGCUGCCCCUGACGCCGCUCCUGCCGCCCGCCGCACCCCCGCUGUUUGACAAGUACGCGCCCAAGCUGGACAGCCCCUACUUCCGACAUUCCAAUUUUUUCCCGUCCUUCCCUCCUGCCAUCCCGGGACUGCCCACCCUGCUCCCGCACCCAGGCCCCUUUGGGUCCCUGCAGGGUGCUUUUCAGCCCAAGACUUCAAACCCAAUCGAGAUAACAGGCCGGGCCAGUGCUGUUCACACCCUCCUACAGAAAGCCCCUGGGGUGUCCGACCCAUACCGGACAGCAGUCAGGAAGCCCGGGAAGUGGUGUGCCGUCCACGUGCAGAUCGCCUGGCAGAUCUACCACCAUCAGCAGAAGAUGAAGCAGAUGCAGCUGGACCCCCACAAGCUGGAGGUGGCCGCCAAGCUGGACUUGUUCAGCAGACCCCCUGCCCCGGGUGUGUUCGCUGGGUUCCACUACCCGCAGGACCUCGCCCGGCCCCUCCUCUCCAGCUCGGGUGCUGCCCACCCCACCACCAGCCCGUUUGGACCCUCAGCCCAUCCUGGCAGCUUCCUGCCCACUGGUCACUUGACAGACCGUUUCAGCAGAUCAAGCACCUUUGGGGGCCUUGGGAGCCUAGGCAGCAACGCCUUCGGAGGCCUGGGCAGCCACGCGCUGACUCCUGGCAGCGGCCUCUUUGCCCCCAAGGAGAGCUCCGCGCUGCACGGCCUGCCCAGCCCGCAUGAGGCCUGGAACCGGCUGCACCGGGUGCCACCCUCCUUCCCCACGCCGCCCCCGUGGCCCAAGACCAUGGACACCGAGCGGAUCUCAGCCCUGACCAACCACGACCGAGAGCCUGACAAGGGCCGGGAGGAGCGGGAGCGGGACCUCCUGGAGAAGACGCGCCUGCUGAGCCGGGCCUCGCCCGCAGCCCCUGUGAGCCACCCCAUCAGCAGCCUCCUGCUCCGCGGCCAGGGCGAGCCGGGCCGGCCGGGGGUCCCCACUGAGCGCGAGGCCGAGCCCCGCGUCAAGGACAACAGCUCUCCGGCCAAGGAGGAUGGCGCCAAGCUGGCCACCCGCCCGCUGUCGCCCUACACCAAGGUGGCGUUGGGUGACGUGAAGGUCAAGGAAGAGCGCAGAGAGGAUGGCGACGCGCCCGAGCCCCCGGGGGACGGCCUGCACCCCGCGCCCGAGCGCCCGCGCGCGCCCCACGCACCCCUGCAGCUCGGUCCGGGCCCCGGGGGCCGCGAGUUCCUGGGCUUCGCGUGGGAGCCGCUGCGCGACGCCUACCGCGGCCUGGAGCUGCCCCGCCGCGCCGGGCCAGCCGCCGCCCCCGCCCCAGGCGCCGCCGCCCUCCUCCAGCCCCUCGAGCGCCCCUACCGCGACCGAGAGCCGCACGACUACAGCCCCGAGCGCCUGCGGGAGGCGCGCCGCGAGGAGCUGGAGCGCGCGCGGGCCGCGCACCUGGGCGCCGCCUCGCACCUGCCGGCCACCGCGCACUUGGGUGCCGCCCCGCACCUAGGCGCCGCCGCGCACCUGCCCCCCGCCGGCCCCGCCCUGGACGGCGGCGCGCUCCUGCCCGCGCUGGGCGCCCUGCACUACCCGCGGCUCGGGCCCACGGCCGCCGCGCUGCACAACGGGCUCCUGGCGCGGACCCCGCCCGCCGCCGCCGCGCUCGGCGCGCCGCCCCCGCUGGUGGCCGCAGGCGCGCCCCCCACGCCCCCCGGGCCGCCGCCGCGGAGCAGGACUACGCCACUCGGGGGCCACGGGCCCGGCGAGGCGCGCGACUACUCCCCGUCGCGCAACCCGCCGGAGGUGGAGGCGCGGUAGUCCCGGCUGGCUCGUGUCCAGACCCACAGGCGCCCUGCUGUGAACUCGCCGGCGCGGUCUAGAACCUAAGCACAGUCCCCUCGGUCCUGGGGACGCGCGCUCUCCGCUCGCGGCCUGCGGAGUCGGGCGUUUCCAUACAGCUUUUCCGGGGCGAGCUUUGUGCUCCGAGAACAGGCUGUUGGAAGAAAACUCAAGUUUGUACAUUUUCUCCCACAGGUGAGAAGCGUUUUUAAUAGAUUUGUAUUUUUUUCAAUUUUGUGCUCUUUAGACACUUAAACGAAAAAGAAACUUUUGCUUUUUUAUUUUUAGUUCAGGUUUGUGAUUUAACGGCCUCUGAUCCCUCUCCAGAGCCCCAGGGUUUUUUUGUCUUAUUUAUGGAGAAAAAACGGUCAUUUUGUCCAGCGCACUGUGAGGCCCCCACUCAGGCCUGGCCCUGGCCCUCCCGUGGUACUUGGAACCGAAGUUACAGAUAUAUAUUAAAAUAAUAACUAAUAAUAAUGUACAAAACUUUUUUGCCUUAUUAUGCAGAAGUGUAAGAGAAUUUCUUUUUGUUUGUUUUUUAAAAAAACAAAUGAAACGUGUAAAUAGUCUGUUAAUAUAAAUAUAUGACGUUAUUAAAUUCUUAACCUAGGUAGACUUUAUAAAAACAAUUUCUAGAAGCCCCUGUGGUUAUUUGUUUAACGUGGUCACAAGAGCCCCACUCGCGGUGAGUUGGAAGCCUCUCGGGUUUAAGUGCAGCACCGACCCUUCAGCUAUGCAAGCGCCGCGGGCUGCCGGGCCCGCCUGGGGAGGAGGUUCCGGCAGGAGCCCACGGAGCAGACCGUCGAGCGCUCCCCGGCUCCAGGGGCACCGGCUCGGGACUGGCCGGCUCUGGCCGCAAGGACCCUUGUGUGGACCCUCGUGCGGAUCGUGCGGUGUUCUCGGAGUCUGUACCAACUGAGCAGAAUUCCAAACUGAGGAUUCCAAAGCUGGUGACGAAAGCAGUACCUUCGCCUGUGUUCCCCUCUGCGGGCGUCGGCGCGUCGGUCCCAGUGUUGUUCCUCCACCAGCGGAAGCUUCGCACGAUUUCCUUUGGGUUUCAGUUUUGCUUUCAGAACCUCAUAGACGUCACCGUGUUCUCCCAUCAACGUCCCUUUUGUUUCCCGACGUCCACACCUGUGUCCCCCGGCCUUCCGAGCCUCGUUGCUUCGGUUCUGUGUUUUCAACCCCUGUUCCACUGUGGCCCCAGCAUUUUAAACUUUACGUUCUCAUGUCAGUCGGUGACGAUAAAUACAGCCUUGGUUUUGGAUGGAAA